AUUCAGAAAGCUCCAAUAGCAUUUUUCCGCAUGUUUCAGAGACCAUUGAAGAAGAAAUAUUUUGGGCCUCAAUAUGAGGGCAUACUCAAUGGAAGUAUUCCUUAUCGCAGGAUUCAACCCACUGCAACUACUAAUUCUCAAGGGGAAUUCGCUCAAGGAGGAUCCGAAAUAUGUUUUUUCUGUAAUGAACCUGAUCCAUUAUUUAAACUUAAUGGAGCUAACCUGGAACUAGUCGUAAAAUUGUCCUGGCUUCAUAACUUCCAUCUUAGAUGUAUUAUUAUUUUCUUAAAAAAAGAUACGUCAUGUUCUCGUUGUCAACAACUUAUUUAUCUUGGCGAGGAAGAUGAUGCAAGGUUAAAUCCUAAAGAAGAAGAUAGGGUUAAAAAAUUUUUUAAAGAGUUAUCCAAUAGACCACAAGACUCUAAUCUAUUGCUGACGACAAAUGUGAAAACAGUGAACCCUACAACUCCAGAUAUG